AAAAAAUAAAAUAAAAAAUAGUGCUUUGUCCAGAGCGGAGAUCUUGUUGCAAUCUUGGUUUCACUGAGUUUCUAGAGAGGAUUUGGAAGAGCUGAUUGGUAAACAACGAUAUCCUCAAACCAUGUUUUCUUUCAAGGAGCUGCUUUCAUCAUUAACACCAUUGUUCACAGCUGCUAUUGUGAUUGUACUAAGUCCCAUAGUAAAAGAACUCAUACCUUCUGCAGACAAAAAUUAUCUCGUUUCCAUCUAUGGAAAAUAUUUCUUUACGCCUCAAUUCACUCUCUUAAUUGAAAAGGAACGUGGUGGCAAUCAAAUCUAUGAAACUGCCGCAACCUACCUACGUUCCAAGAUUGCUGUUGGUUCAUCAGACUUAAAAUGUCUCAAAGUAAGAAAAACUCCAAGGCAACAGGGACCAACCGUUGAUAUAGUAACGGGUCAAGUGGUUAUGGAUUCCUUUAAAGACAUUAAUUGGCUCAAAUGGAAGUUAUGUCAAGAAAAAAGCGAGGAUGUUGAUGACCGUAAAACAUAUUUUGAGCUUUCAUUUGAAAAGAAAUUCAAAGAGGUUGUGCUAAAGUCUUAUUUACCUCAUGUAAUAUCUUGUUCCGAGGCUAUACAAGAGGAAGAAAGGGCGGUAAAGCUUUAUAGCCGUGGGCUUUAUGGUCGUGAUCAAUGGAGUUCUGUUAUUCCUGAACAUCCAGCUACAUUUGAGAAGUUGGCAAUGGACACAGAACUGAAGAGGAGCCUCAUUGAUGAUCUUAACAGGUUUGUUAAAAGAAAGGAGUGGUACAAGAAAGUUGGCAGAGCAUGGAAGCGAGGAUAUUUGAUUUACGGCCCUCCGGGUACUGGUAAAUCAACCUUGAUUGCUGCCAUGGCUAAUCACCUCAAGUUUGAUAUCUAUGAUUUGAACAUUUCAAGUAUAAAUUCUGAUUCAGACUUGAGAAAAACAUUGCAUUCAACAACUAAUCGCUCAAUUGUGGUAAUUGAGGAUAUAGAUUGUGCUGGGUUGGAGAAAAGAGGGGAAGAAAAGAAGGCUUCUUCAGCUGAGUUCACACUUUCGGGUUUAUUGAACAUCAUAGAUGGAUUAUGGUCGAGCUGUGUAGAUGAGCGAAUUAUUGUGUUCACCACCAAUCAUAAAGACAAGCUUGAUCCAGCUUUGUUGCGCCCAGGCCACAUGGACGUGCACAUGCACAUGUCAUAUUGCACCAUGGAUGGGUUCAAGCUGUUGGCUUCUAAUCUUCUUAAUAUCGAAGGUGACCACCAACUCUAUAGAGAGAUUGAAGGAUUAUUGAAGAAUGUAGAGGUUAUCCCAGCUGAAAUUGCAGAGGAACUUUUGAAGAAAGAUGAUCCUGAUGUUUCUCUUAGUCUUAGAGGAAUUGUCGAAUUUCUCGAGGAAAAAAAGACUUGAGAAUGCAAUAAGCAUGUGAUGGGUU